GUUCUGGGCGCCCGUCCUCGGCCGGCAGUGCAUGGAGAACGUGCUGCAGCUGGGGUAUUCGGCGCUCGGAGGACUCCUGGCCAACGUCGUGCACUCGCCUGCGUGUUUCUGCGACUGCACUCCCGUCCGUCCCGACGAGGGGGUGCUCGAGCUGCUGAGCCAGCAGCUCCAGCGGUGCGGCCCGGAGCGGCGGACCGCGUGCCUGGCGGCGCCCUCGUGCCCGCCAGCGGCUCCUUGCCCGGGCCUGGUCGGGCCCCUCGCGGCGGCGUUCCUCGCAGGGGCGCUGGCAGGGGGCCUCUUCCUCGCCCUGCUCGUGGUCGGCCGCCCGUGGCGGCUGGAGGCGCCGGCCUGGCCGGCCGCGUGGCCGGCCGCGCCGCCGGCGGGGCCCGCGCCGCCGGUGGCGGUGGAGGCGCCCCCCGCAGCGGGCGAGCAGGCUGGGGUUGAGCUCGCGCCGACGGCCCUGGCAGAGGAGGCCCGCGCCGCGCUCGCCGCGGCCAGGGCGAGGCAGCGCGGCGCCCUGACGCCAGACGGCGACCGCUACAUCGAGCAGAUCUCCUUCGCCAGCGUCGACCUGCUGGACAUCCGUGCGCUGGCUGGCCCGGGCGCGGCGCCCGCCGGGAUCGACCCCAAUCGGAUCUACCGAUUUCGGCGGGUGCCCGCCCCGGCGGAGAGGGCUCAGUACUUCGCGGACGGGGCCCUCCUCGCGUGGGUCGCGGCCGCGCCGGCCGCGCAGCCGGCGGCCGCCGUGGCGGGCGCCCCGCGCCUGGGCGCCGCUGCGGGCGCCUUCCAGCGGGUCUGGGUCGUGGCCGAGGAUGCGGCAGGCCUCCAGCGAGGCCAGGUGAUCGCGGACCUCGGCGACGCGCCCACGGUCGACGGAGACAUGGCCAUCGUGACGCUCCCUGCUGGCAAGGUGUUCGCUCGGCAGAUGGGCGAGGGCGAGGUCAGAGGCUACGCCAACGACGACCCGUGCGUCCUUCCUGCCGUGGACCUGCUCGACGACGCGCUCCCGCAGGGCGGACUCGGGCUCGAGGGUGCUGCCUCGGUCGGGCGGGUGCUGCGACGCUGGAGAGACGGCGGCAUCACUCCGCUCACUCACCACGACACGUGGGUUCGGGUCUCGCACGUGCCGACGGGGGACAGGUCAAUUCACGAACGCCACGUGCUGUGCGUGGCGCUGUUCGUCAUGGUGUGUGACGCGCGCAGCCUGCAGACGGGCGAGCUCGUCGCAAGGCGGAUCCAGCUCGUCGAGGGCGCGCGCAGGGCCAGCCCAUCGGCGCCCGACUACGGGGCGGCCGACCACUACAUGGGCUGGCCCUACAGGGCUGGAUGGGGCCACGGUGGCUCCGAGUCUCCACAGGCCACUGCGGUGCUCGGGCUGCGCGUGGCUACGCGCCCGGACGACGCCCAGCUUUUGACGGACGGCAGCGCGAACUUUUUCCUUUGCCGAUGGUCGAGGGAGCUCGUCGAUAUGCCGAUGCUAGGCUCGACGCCGCCGGCCCUCAUCGACGUGAUCGACCCUGUCGGACAGGAGAUGCUACGGGAUUGGAUGAACGCCAUGUUGCUAGACCAGGGCGAGCGGGGACGCGUGAUCGAGAGUUCACCGCCCAUCACCCCGUUCAUGGGCGUCGAGCUGCGCAAGGAUCCCGACCUCUAUCGGGGCUUCGUCGGGGACCUGCACGCCGCUGGGCUCCCCUCAUUCACCGCGGAGCCGAAGGACUGGGCGACCCCGUUCUUCGUUGGCAAGAAGUCUGGAAGGUUGAGGCUGGUGCUCGACGCUCGGGUGCCUAACAGGCGCUUCCGCAAGUGUCCCGCGCUGGCGAUGGGCUCAGGGGCCUCCUGGGGCAGGCUGGAGUUGGAGGGGCCGAGGAGGCCCCGACCCGACGAGACGUCCGAGACGAGGGGGGAGCUCUUCGUCGGCAGCCUUGACAUCAAGAGCUACUUUUACGCGCUCAAGAACCUUCCCGAGCUGAUGCCCUUCUCCUCUCUCCCGGCGGUCCCCGUGGGCUUUGCCAGGAGCGUCGGGGGGCCGUUGGUAGGGUCGCUCCCGCCGUCGGACGGACGGGCCUGGCCGAUGCUGAAGGUGGUGCCGAUGGGCUGGAGUUGUGCCUUCUACCUUGCCCAGCGUGUCGCGUCUUGGCGCGUGCAGGUCGCCAUCGGCAGGGGUCCCCCUGCGCUUCUCACCGACCGCGGCCCCGUCCCCGACAUCUCGGAGGGUGAGCCCGCGGUGCUCGCCUAUUGCGACAACGUCGGCGUCGGCUCGACCUCCCGUGAGAACGCCGACGCGCUGCGGGCCGAGAUCGAGGCGCAGCUGGUGGCCGACGGCUUCGAUGUGCCUGAGGUCGCCGCCGCCUCCACUUCGGCUGCCUUGCUCGGCAGGGAGAUCGACGGGGGCGCGGGGGCGGUGCAGCUACUGGGCGACGACGGGCUCGGCUGGAGGCCGCGCCCAGGUGGUUCCAGCGUCGCCCCAAGGUGUCUCCGCGACAGGUGGAGGUCACCAUCGGGCACUGCGUUCGACGCGGCCAUGCUGAACCCCUGCCUCAUGUCAGCGUUCCGUUGGUGCUACGAUUUCGUCGCCAGCCCCGUGGGCCAGCCUGGGAGGCUCUGGGCAGCAGCUGCCUGGGAGUUCUCGGUCUUUCGGAGGGCAAACAGGAUGACUCGAGCACCUCCGGAGAGCUCCGACCCGAUCGACAUGGCGUUCCUCGAGGCCAGCUCGAUCAGCAUGGCGACUCAGACGGACAACGACAGGAGGCUGAGCGAGUUCCAGACCUUCGUGACGACGAAGUCGCUCAGGUCGCGGCCGCCGAUGCCGUGGCCUCACCUGUGCCUGAUCGCGCUGCAGCUGGUGAUCCUGGGGUUCCCCCUGGAGGCGAUGUUUUGCCUGUUGAUGUUCGUUGGCUACCUGCGCCCAGGCGAGGCGAUGGCGAUCGCGGAGAUCUCCGUUGCUCCCCCGGCGGGCUCCAGCAAGUUCGCGGCCCUGAACAUGUUCCCGGAGGAGACCACGCAGCGGUCCAAGACGGGCCUGUGCGACCAUUCGCUCCUCCUGGACUCGCCCUCCGCCCUCAUGCUGGGGGGCCUCCUGCUGCUGCUGCGGGCGCGGACCCCGCCUGGCGACGUGAUCUUCCCGUUCAGCUACUCGACCGCCCGCAGCCGCUGGGUGAAGGCGGUCAGCGCGGCGGGGCUCGGCCAGUUCGACUACGUGAUGUACCAGCUCCGCCGCGGCGGCGCAUGCUGGGACACCCUCGACCGCCUCCGCAGCAGGAAGGGGGUCAAAGCCAGGGGGGGCUGGAUGUCAGAUGCCAGCCUGUCGCGGUACGAGAGCGCCGCGAGGGCCCAGCAGAUGGAGGGCGCGGUCUCGGCCGAGGUGCAGACGAGGGCGCAGCGCGCCGUCUCGCAGCUGCCUGCCGCGCUCCGCGGCGCGACCUUCGGCUUCACCGCGCUCGGCUACGACAUCAGCGGCGGCCCCCGCGGUGACCUUCUCCAGCCGCAAAUCGAUGCCGAGCUGGGGAGGUUACUGAAGUCGGGCCUCGUUGGUGUGCUGUGGCUCGGUCUAGACUGCAGCGCGUGGAGCCGCGCCCGCCGCGCCAACUUCGGCCCGCCGCCGCUGAGGGGCGACGGGCCCACCGAGAUCAUGGGUGUGAGCCUGGAGUCAAUUAGGUACGCGAGCGUGCAGUCCUAUGAGUUCGUCGAGUAUUUCGGCGGCAAGAUCGG